AUGGCAAAGGAGCAACCCAUCUAUGAUAUUGGUCCAUUUAAAUCAAGCACCAAAAAUACAGACACGCAGUUGAAUGUUUAUGUCUCGAACAAACGCUUUAAAAUCGAUCUCUUUACUUCCAACUUCGAAAGGUCGCCUGCCCUCCUGGCCAAGUAUCUUCGACACGUUCAACGUCAAGAACCAGAAUGGAUUGCUGAUGAGUCUGAAGUCGAUAUGGAUGGGGAGUUUGAAGACCCCCUUGAUGAAAAGCAUGAUUGGGUCUUACAACCAUUUUUGCCAAUUUUCCACGAAAUUGCUCCCCUAGACCUGAGCCAAAAGUACACUCUCGAGGACUGCCUGUCUGCAGAAGAAUUUCACUACACUGCGCAGGCAGUGGGAGAUAACCUAGUUCCCAUUUAUCUCAGUAACACUAAGAACAUGAAAAAUGAUCUCAUCGGGGCCCUUCUACCAUCUUCUAUCGACUACUCUCCUUUUCCUGUCCACCAUCCUAGGGAAGUCCAGGUUCCAAUUAGUGCAGAUUCAGCUGCACUAUCAGGAUUACCUCACAAGGUAUUUAUUCGUCAACCGCAGCCUAGCCUCUUCAAUAUACUCUACGGAGAUGACAUGAGUAUUACCAUAAGAGAGAUUCUCACUUACUCAAAGAUUCGCAUGGCUAAAUUCGAUCCCCCGAUUCUCACAUCACAACUGGAAGGGCUGGUCCAGGAUAAUGAUGGGUAUGUCAUGGGAUUGGUUUUAUCAUACAUUAGUUGUGAUGGAGCUACACUUAAUUGCAUUGAUGGACAUGAUCCCAAAUUUUCCGAGCUCCGACAAAAAUGGGCUGAUCAGAUUUCGCACACAAUAAAACACUUGCAUUCAUACAAUAUCAUUUGGGGGGAUACGAAGGCAGCUAACGUGCUCAUUGAUGCCAAUGAGGAUGCAUAUCUGAUUGAUUUUGGAGGAGGUUAUACUAAAGGUUGGGCUGAGAAGGAGAAGUCCAACUCAACCGAGGGAGAUCUCCAGAGACUUGAAAAUAUUAAGCGUUACCUUUUUGGAUGA